CCAGCUCUUCUCUUGGCAGAAAGAGCGGCUUUUCCCAUAGACAACAAUGUCUAUCUCACAUCUUUCUCCCAACUUCUGUCAAACGUGCAAAAUUUGGGAGAGAAUGAUAUCUACCGAUGGUAUAUGGCGAAUGCUUCCGCCUCCAUGGACACACAGGCUCAAACACCCCCGCCAGAUCUCAAGAUCAAUCUCAUCUGGCCUGCCACCGAGAAGCAUUUUAAAAAGUACUCGUUUCAGCAAAUGCGAGUCGUCACCGAAACUCCGGAAAUCUACGAGAAGUUUGUCAGACCUUACAUGAGCUUGUGUAGGGAGGAAGGUCAGCUGAAUUGGGUACUCAACAUCUUGGAAGGGAGGAAAGAGCAAGAAAACGUACUCUACAGAUCCAAGGAGCAGGAUGUCAAAGAUGACUUUUUGUUGUUGCCGGACUUGAACUGGGAUCGUAAAACGAUUGGCUCCCUUCAUCUCCUCGCUCUUGUGGAAAGACGAGACAUCUGGUCUGUCCGCGAUCUCAAACAGAAAGAUGCGGCAUGGUUGAGGCUGCUACGGAAAACGAUCACGGAUGCGACUGUGAAACUUUACCCUGGAGUAGAGAUUGAUAUGCUGAAGUUUUAUAUUCAUUACCAGCCGACAUAUUACCACUUUCACAUCCAUGUUGUGCAUGUGGAUUUGGAUGCUACGGGGACGCAGGCUGUGGGGAAAGCGUUGGGCUUGGACAAUAUCAUCUCUCAAUUAGAGUGGAUGCGCGAUGGAGAGCAGUCGGGAAUGCAUCAGGUAGAGUUGAGCUAUACGGUGGGAGAGGAGAGUGAAUUGUGGCAGAAAAUCUAUUUGCCACUCAAGAAAGGGACGGAGCCGGAGAUUGAAGGUUAAGAGGCAGGUAGGUGGCUGUUGAGAUGGAAGUUACGUGAGGCAGAGUUGGGGGCAUACAAGAUGGGAACUGGAUGCGACCAGCACCAGCUGUACUACUUCGACCCGGAGAGAAGGGGUAGUCUGAAGACCAUUGUGAUGUCUGCAUCCGAGUGAUGGUCUCGAGAUACAACUCAUUUGGACAACACUGGACAGGAAAUCCAUCAGGAAUUGAGACACAAAUACCCAUGACUCGAGCAAACAUGUUUGCAGCUACAAAGUGUGAUGGGUCGCCACUGGACAUCGUCGCCGCAUACACUCGGGUAUCUCACUCGCCGGAUGCAUCAUGGUAUAUUGUCUCCACAGCAGCGUAUAUACAAAUCAAACGCG